CUAUGGCCGGUGUGGGCCAGCGACCGAGUCAGAGCCGUUCGUCAAAGCGGCGACCGAAACCAUAAGCAAGAGCGCCGUCGCUGCAGCGGCGCGUAGGCGGCCUCCGCUUUCCCCAGCAGCCCGGGCGCCUGCGUGCAAGAGACAAGGGGGCGGCGGUUGAACUCAGCAACCGGCGUCGGCUACGAGAAGGGGGGGAGGCGGGCCUCCUUCCUCUUUCCCGAGCCCGGCUUUUCCUUUGCGGGUCGGUGGAGACUCGGAGCGAGCGAGGGAGGGCCGCGGACGGGGAGGAGGGAGGCAGGCAGGCUGAGCCACCUUCUUCAGUGCCAUUGCACCAACAGCAGCAGCAAAACUUCUGAAGGUUUGAAGAAGAUAGUAAGAAAACUACCAAGGAGGACUACAGCAGUGUUAUAAUUACUACUUGUUGAAAGUGUCAAGUGUCAUUAUGUAUCAUUCCAUUGCUGAAACCAGCCAUCCUUUACAAGCUGAAGAGCAGGAAGUGGGCAUUGAUCCUUUGCAGAGUUAUGUGAACAAACCUGAUGAGGAUGUGUCAAAUGAAAAUGGAGGACUGCAUCAUGGCUCGGAUUCUGUUGAAACAUUUAUUUCAUAUAGUAAAGAAUGGGAAGAAUUAUUUGUAAACAACAAUUACCUGGCAACAAUACGGCUGAAGGGGAUUAAUGGGCAGCUGAGAAGCAGCAGGUUUCGUAGUGUUUGCUGGAAGCUGUUUCUGAAUGUUCUCCCCUCUGAUAGAAAUCAAUGGAUCAGUAAAACAACAAAAUUAAGAACAUUGUAUAACAAUAUUAAAGAAAUACAUAUUACAAAUCCUCGGAAAGCUGGACAACAAGACUUGAUGAUCAACAACCCACUUUCACAGGAUGAAGGGAGUCUUUGGAACAAAUUUUUUCAGGACAAAGAACUUCGAGGAAUGAUUGAACAAGAUGUGACGAGAACGUUUCCUGAAAUGCAAUAUUUCCAAGAAGAGAAUGUGAGAAAGAUUCUUACAGAUGUUCUUUUCUGUUAUGCUCGGGAAAAUGAGCAGUUACUUUAUAAACAGGGUAUGCAUGAACUCUUGGCACCUAUUGUCUUCAUUCUGCACUGUGACCACCAAGCCUUUCUACAUGCAAGCGAAGCUGCACAACCAAGUGAGGAAAUGAAAGUUCUUUUGAACCCUGAAUACCUGGAGCAUGAUGCCUAUGCAGUGUUCAUCCAUCUUAUGAAAACAGCGGAACACUGGUUUUCUACCUAUGAGCAUGACAGUCAAAAGGAAAAAGAUGCUAUGAUGACCCCUAUUCCAUUCGCAAGACCACAAGAUUUAGGCCCAUCAAUUGCUAUUGUAGCAAAAGUAAACCAGAUUCAAGAUCAUUUGCUAAAGAAACAUGAUAUCGAGCUCUACAUGCAUCUGAACAGGCUAGAGAUUGCUCCGCAGAUUUAUGGACUGCGAUGGGUAAGGCUUCUAUUUGGACGAGAAUUUCCCCUCCAGGACCUUCUUGUUGUUUGGGAUGCUUUAUUUGCUGACAGCAUCACUCUCAAUCUAGUUGACUACAUUUUCUUAGCCAUGUUGCUAUAUAUUAGAGAUGCCUUGAUAUCAAGUAAUUAUCAGACCUGCUUGGGACUUCUGAUGCAUUAUCCUCCUAUUGGAGAUGUCCAUUCAUUGAUCUUGAGAGCUCUUUUUCUCAGAGAUCCAAAGAGAAAUCCAAGACCUGUUACUUACCAGUUCCAACAAAAUUUGGAUUACUACAAAGCACGUGGAGCAGACUUGAUGAAUAAAACACGGGUCAGUGCCAAAGUCACUCCGCUGAACAUAAAUAAAGUUUCCAGUAGCUUACUGAAUUUUGGCCGGAAGCUGAUUUCCCCAGCCAUAACAUCAGGUGGUGCCACUGGGCCUGUUGUAGGAAGCAGUGGCAGCUUUUCUUCUGUUGCGGUGCCCAUUAGGAGCACAGUGGAGUUCCCACAGCAGCAGCAACAGAGGAUGAUGAAAUCUGAAAGUGUACCAGUUCAACUAAGCAAAGGAGAUAUAGUUACAGGCAGUGAUGCUCAAGUGUCGGUUCCUGUCCAGAAUCUAAGUGCCCUCCAAGGGACAGUUGCUACAGCAACACAUGGGCAGAGUUCAAAAAAUGUCAGCUCUUCUCCAAGCAUUGACAGUUUGUCUGGAGGACGUGAAUACACAGGGUCUCCACCUCUGUCUGCAACCAAGAAAGAGUCCUUUUUCAAUACUAUUUCCCAUUCUCGGUCACACAGCAGAAGUAUUAGUAAAAAAGAGGCUGAAGAAGAACUGGAGGGCCAGAUUUCAUUUCUCCAAGGGCAACUGAAUGAGUUGGAGGCCAUGUGCAAAUACUGUGCCAAGAUGAUGAAUACACAUCUGGGAAAUAUUCAAGAACUCAUUCUUCAGGAACAUUUGGAGAAAGAAGAUGAAAUUCUGGUAUCCUUGGCUGGGUUGAAGCAGAUCAAGGAUAUUUUGAAAGGUUCCCUGCGUUUCAAUCAGAGUCAAUUGGAGGCAGAGGAGAAUGAACAAAUCACAAUAGAAGAUGAUCACUACUGUUCCAACAAUUGGAGCAAGGAGACAAGUGAAGCCAUGGAACAACUUUCAGUUGCAAAGCAACCCCUCCCUCCAGUGAAGCAGGCUGUUGAUGAUUCCAGUGGAAGCUCUGCCAACAGGCGCCCUGAUGACUAUAUUCUACAUCCCAAAGAAGAGGAAGGAAAUGUUAGUCCUGCUCCUGGGCAUGUGCAGACUGUGCCAACCUGCAAGGAUCUGACUACCAAAAAUGAGGCCCCAUGUCACACUUCUUUAGCCUUUUCUGAUCCAUUGAUGGGGUCCAUAUCUGCCUCUUCUAGUAACCUCAGUUCCAGCCCUGAUGAUGACAGCAGCAGCAACAGCAAGGAUUCUGACUUUACCAUUGUUAGCCCCUUGGAAAUUUAAGUAAGCCUGUGAAGUUGGCUAUGUCACAUUGGUAUGUGGACCUGAUGCUUUACAGGACUGGGGGAACUCAUUAAGCCUAAAUAUUCUGUCAGAGCACAGACAUGGUAAAGGCAAUCCAUUUCAGCAAGAAAAUCAAGAUAAUAUAUAAUUAUUGCCUUUAAAACAUGCACAUGUUAAUAUCAAGAUCUAACGUAGGACGAAAAGUACUUAUGGGUUUACUUUGUUAGCAACUUCUUGGAAUACUGAAGUAGUAACUCAUAGUCCCUCAUUUUGUAGAAUAACAUGCAACAUAUAAUCUCAUGGAGCAUCCUGUCCAAACAUGUGGAAAUGACCAUUUAAUCGGUUUAGAUCCUCACAGAUGAUUUGGUCUCAGGAGAAAGUAGGAUAUUCUUUCUCAAAUAUGGCAACUAGAAAAUGAGAAAAGUACAAGUUUUACAAAUGUGUCCCGAUUGCGUACCAGGCACUGAGACAAUGGCUGCGUCCUGAACCAUUCCCUGGAAGAAGAAAAAACUAUGCUGAAUUUACAUACAACAGAAAACCAGUAACUACUAUUAAUAUCAAACAAAAAUGAGAGCAUCAGUUGUAAAGUAAUACAAAGUACAAAUUAGUUGCUUUGAAACAGUUACACUUUAGUCUCCACUGGAUAUAAACUUGUAUCCUGAUGAACAAAUUUUGUUGUUGUACAGUAUUGUCUGGACCAUAUUUUUAUAGCUGUUUCGGGACCUCUGAAAUGCCCUCAGGCCAAAGAACAAGGCUCAUUAUAGGGUCAUAAUGCUGUAGUGUUCCUUAACCAUGUAGAAACAAUUCCCUUACACUUGUUGUUUUAACAAAAUUUAGUGCACAUAAUUUCACAAAGGGCAGCAAAAUUCCUCAUGCUUUUUAUAUCAAGGAUGUCAUGUUUCACUGUAGCACAGAUUUCUCUCACAACAUUAGAGCAGGCUAAAAUAUUUCUGGAGGACGUUUAUUCUGUUACCACAGUAAGAGGAGAAAACAAAGGAUAACUAAUGUGUCCAUGUCUAGAACUAAUGCACAGUAAAUAAUGCUAAUAGAGUAGUGAUAAUGUUCCUUUCUAGCUUUUAGAGUAUAAAUUCAAAGUAGUUCUUGCUCUGAAUCUCACCCAGCAUUGCCAGUUUUAGAAUAACCAGAUGAUAACUUCAUGGAGCUGAAAAUCUGGGCUUUACUGAGACACUCUUCUAAAUAGGCUUCUACCUUCAUAGGCAGCCAGUGUUAAACUGUAUAUACAGUGUUGCCCUAGAUUACAUUGAUUAGUUUCACUGACCCAAGGGAAGAAUUUGGGUUUAUUGAGAUUAAUAGGCCCAAGUCACUAACCUGUUGGGGAUCUUUCACUUUAUCAAGGCACUGGUGUUGAACAGAUUAAAUUUCAAACAGCUUCUGGCUUGCAGGUCGAACACAGUAGAACUACAAAGGGGAAUGGGUGCUCAUAAUGAAAACCACUUUGGUAUCCAGCUGUGCCUACCCAUGCAUUUCUGUAUGCAAAUAUACCAUGACAGGUUUUCUCUCUAUCUACUCAAGAGAGGGGCAAUGGUUCAAUGAUGUCAGCCUCUAAAAAGACCUAAUUAGCUCACUAGUCUGUUUUUUCCAAUUGCAUUUGAAAAUGAAAACUUCUUGGCCAUGAAAUGUGUAACAAUUAGGAAAGGCGUUUUUACUAAGGAUGUUGCACUUCUAGGACCCUUGGCUGUAAUAAAAAAAAGUUGCUACUAUUAAUGCAGCCUAUUUUUUCUCCAACUGUUCUGAAGGAUGCUGGUGAAGGAUAUUUUCAAAGCUUUAUAAUUAAAACACCUUUCUUGUACAUUUUAAUUUUUUUCCAAACAAACGCAGUAUAACCAUCACUAUGUAAUCGGGUGCAUAGUAAGUGAUAGGGCAUGAAGAUGUUAAUUAUGAUUAAUCACAGUUGUUACUUGCAUUAAGAAUACUUUUACCCAUCCAUCUGCAGCAUGAGUCAUGCUAAACCAAAUUGUAACCUGACCCCAAAGCAUCACUGAAUCUUGUUACAUAACACAUAGCUCUCCUGGGAAUGUUGCCCCAGAUUUUGGAAGUGGUGGUCAAUGGAAAAGUCACGGUCAUGAAUUGAAUGGAGUACGUUUGUUGGGUGAGUUUGCUCAGUUGGGCUUGCAAUGUUGUGGUACUUUUUCAUAGUUUUGUAUCCAUGAACGUCCUGGGCAGAUGACCAAAAUCAGUAGGCCAUUGCUAUUGUAUGGUGGCAGGUUCAAAUUUACAUUUUCAGACACUAUCAAAUAAUUCUUCACAAGAAGAUGCCCAUGUACCUUGUAAAAGUGGAAGUAAUCCUGUUGUGUAAAGAGCUUAACAAAUACAGUUUGCGGGGUAAUGCAUAAAAUGGUCACAUGGCUGUUCUUCUGGAUGCAAGACCUAAAAUAUACUGUGGUUAUGCAAGGUUUCUAUGGCAGCGUAAACCUAGCACUCCUUCUCAUUUAAACGUACACAGUAACCACCUCAGGAUUCACCCUUAUGGUUUCUGUGCAGGUUUAUUUAAUUUUCUUGAGUUUGCAAGGAUGACAAGAGAGGAUUACAUGGAUGGUGAUUAAUUUUGAUCCUUUAAACAUCACUAACCAUACUCCUUUCUGUUUAGAUUUGUUGCUGUUAUAAAAUGGGAAAAUGUCAUUCAGAGCAAACUGCUGUUUAAAAGUGGAAAGCAAAGUAAGAGGGAAAUUGGAGAAUGAUAAAUCAUCUGUCAUCAUAUGGGGGGAAAGAUUAUGGAGUGUUUUGUAAUCUAGUUAUGAUUGAAUCUUUCUGUCUACAUAUAAUUCAGGGAUCAUCUUAUUUUUUUUUUCUUGUGAGGACAGUCUUAGUGCCACUAAACAAUGCAGUUUGGUUUUUUUAUUAUUACCUUGCUGGGAUUUUUAAAAACAUGUUUGCUAUAAUUAUUAUUAUCCUUGCUUCCUCAAUGCCUGUAAUCAUCUGUGGUUUCAGCAAAUAAACAGAGGUUUACUGAAGGACAGGGAUGAAAUCUAAGUAACUCCAUUAGAGAAAUCAAAUUUGGUAUUCCCAUGUCUUAGUAUAUCUUUUCAAUUAUAUACUGGAAUAUGAUUUUUGAUAAUGCUGGAAGUGUUUGGUUUUAUAUAUGUGUCCAUCCAAAACUAUCAACAUAUUUAGUCAUAAUAAUCCCAUAUUGCGUUACGUUAGGCUUCCUAGAUGGUUCUUUGUUCUUUAAAGUACCAGUUUCUUAUGUCACCUAAAGACAACCAGCUCAUAUUGUUCACGGAUAACUGUAAUCUGAUAGAAAACAAUAUGCAGUAUAAAUGGCUAAUUAGUACUAAUGUGUGGAACUCUAAAAGAUUUUUUCAACCUGUUAGAGACUCAUCUGAUUUUAUUACAUCUUUCCCAUGUGACUGUUUCAAGUCUGUUGCAUGUAAUGACCAUCACAUUACAGCAGAGUGGUUAUGACCAUAUAGUGACUAGAUGUUCACUUUUAGCUGUGGAAAUUUGUAUCUUUACUCUAGAACAUCUAACAUACUUUAUUAAAGAAAGAACAUACCGACUC